CGGAAGUGACGAGUUCCACAGGUGUUUUGUACACAGUGUGGAUGUGUGACAAUCGGAGUUUGAAGUCGUUCAUUUGACGCUGAAAUCGGAUGCUCUUGAGACGCAUGCAUCCCGGUGUGCCAUGAUUCCCAUAGCGGUUGUGGUGUGUGUGAUGGGAGGGUGGUGUACGGUGUAUCUGGCGGACACGUUGCUGCGGUCAUCCAGCUCAGUGAAGAACCGCUAUGAAUCGUGGUUGUCAUCUAACGGAUUUACUCUUUCUCCCUUCCACAUCAAAUGGCACACGGGCAUCUUCAACCGUCUGUUUGCCAGAUGUGCCCACCUUAACCCUCACUUUUUGUACAUCUGGUUCAGUGCUGGUAUGGUGUUUGGAGUUCUGGCCAUGUUCGGCUCUGUGGUUUUGCUGAGCAGAACUUUACAGCAGACUCUUAGUCAGAUGAUGGCAGAGACGCCGGAGGGAUCCCACGAGCAAAUCUUGCAAGUGGUGGUGCCUGGUGUGAAUUUGCCUGUCAGUCAGCUGGCCUAUUUCUUCAUAGCCAUCCUGGUUAGUGGUGUCAUACAUGAGUUUGGCCAUGGGGUGGCAGCACUGAGGGAGCAGGUGAGAUUGAAUGGUUUUGGAAUGUUCAUGUUUGUGGUUUACCCCGGAGCGUUUGUGGAUCUCUUCACCACCCACUUGAACCUCAUCUCCCCAGUACAGCAGUUGAGAAUAUUCUGUGCAGGUGUGUGGCACAACUUCAUGCUUUGUGUCGUAGCCCUCAGCUUCCUAUUUCUGCUGCCUGUCGUUCUGUUUCCCUUCUACUACACUGGAGCAGGAGCGCUGGUCACUGAGGUGGUGGAGGGCUCUCCCUCGAGUGGACCUCGUGGGCUGUUUUCAGGAGAUCUGGUCACCCAGCUGGAAGAUUGCACAGUUAGGGGAGUGCAAGACUGGCACAACUGUGUUCAACAUCUGUCCCAUAAUCCUCAGACGGGCUACUGCGUCCAUACUGCCAAACUACAACUCAGCUGGACGGCAGGGAGAGCAUAUAAACGCCUUGAUGGGACUAUGGAAUGCUGUGGUAAUAACAGCAUGACAGACCUCUGUUUCUCAUACAGUAAUAACCUGGAGAGCAAACUGUUUGCCUGCCUGCCGGUUAGAAAAACCAUCGAAGCGAGCCGUACAUGUCGUACCAACACUGACUGUCAAACAGACUUCAUCCCGAGCUUGUGUUUAAUCCCGUCUCUGGAGAACCAGACCAGACUGAUACGGGUCAAACACCCUCCACAGACAGACAUGCUGUUCGUCGGAUACCCUUCACACCUCCAGUUUUCAGUGAGUCUCACCAACUUUGUUCCUCGUUUGGGUUUCCUUCACCCUGAUCUGCCUGUCAUGUUGGAGACAUUCUUCAAAUACCUGAUAUCAUUGUCAGGGGCUCUGGCAGUGGUAAACGCUGUUCCAUGCUUUGCACUGGAUGGCCAGUGGAUGCUGACAGCAUUCCUCGAGGCCACACUGAGCUCCCUGAUCCCAGAGAGAAACAACCGUGAGCUAAUUGGCUUCUUUUUUCUCCUGGGGGGCAGUGCCCUUCUAGCAGCCAACGUGGCGCUGGGCCUAUGGAUGGUCACAGCACGGUAACAGACAGCUUUCUCCUCUAAUCAGACUGCUUGGGGGACAUGUUUAUUGAGGAACCUGCUUGAACCACCAGAGGAAUAGACUAGGUGUGUAACUUGUAGUGGUGGAAAUUGCAGUUGGCAGGUUGCCCCACUCACCAAAGAAAGGGCCAGAGGGAUUGAAACCUGCUGUACCUUAGAAUGAAUUUGUGCAGUUAACUUCAUCGAUUUGUUCUUAGGUCUGAAUUGCAUCAAGAAGCAAGCUGUGAAAAUAAUUUUGAAGGUGCAUGCUUUUACUGUACACCGAGACCUCAGGACUGCACCAAUAGUGCCCUCUUUGAUCAAUGCACUCUCACACAGGCACAUUGAGUGAUCUGAUUUAAAUGUGUGUCUACUUUAUUGUGUAAGCCCACAAAUGGCACUACAGUAUAUCAACAUCUACAAGUACAUGGAGGCAUUUUUAGGCAUUCCCUGCCUGUUUGGCCUCUCUGUCUUCCUGAAGUACGUAGUCUCACAAAUUGAAAGGUUGUAGUUUUACUUGGUACCUUUCAUUCCGCAUCUGUAGUUCACUUUUUCUUCAGGCUACUGCAACCCAGGCAAUUACCACUGCACUGCAGAAAUAAAGCCAUUUAAUAAAUUGACCCCAUGAGGGAAAUUUGGGCAUUACAGCAGCAAGAUUUGAACAGCAGGUGCUAACAGCCUACAGGCUAUAGCCUAAAAAUAGGACUCACAUCUGUAAACUGAAUAUAAAUUUGUUGACUGUACACAGAAUGUUACUUCAUUAGAAGUAGCAUACGCCAUGACAAGCUCUUGCUAAACUUGCUCCAUUGUGGAAAAGUAUUCACACUGCUAAAGAUAGGAAGUUUUAAUACUGGUCAUGAUCUUUUUUCUUUCUUUUUUUGAAGGGUAUACUGUGAAUAUUUCAGUAAAGACUUUCUUCCAUCUGGAAGAAUUGAACUGAAGCCUUUAACACAAGCUUGGAUUACCUAACAACAUUUAGCCAGACUAUUUGUUCUAACUGCACUAGGAAUUAUUUGUUGAAUAUGGUAAAUUUUGUAAUUACUUUGAUCUCCUUUUUUAUUUGUUAUCUUUUAUUUUCUUUCGAUCCAAUGUACAUACAGUUUAUAAAUUAAAUUUAAAAAAAAAUUUUUUUGUCAUUGGCUUUUUGUUUUGAAGAGCUAGAAGUUGGUCCUGCUCUAAAUAUGUUUGGCAAAUCUCCUUCUGUUUGAUAUUCUAUUCCAUUCUCCAUGCAUGUGCUCUACCCCCUCGGAUAGGCAAAUGUAUUCAUGAGCUGAAGAAGGGAAGAUGUUUAACUAUAGCAGUGUUUGAAAUGAAAUACUAGCAUACUGCUUAGUGCAUACUGCACAGUGUAUACUGUAUUCUACCUAUUUGAAUUUUUUUUUAUUUUUAAGUAUGUGACCAAAUGCGAUAUGCUACAAAAAGCGUUUCCAAAAGUGGUAUGCUACAUUGUUGUCACAUGACCUUAAAACUUAUACAGCGAGUGCUGUCCAGUUAUUAUCUUUGAAAUAAUUAAAGUUAUUAUGUGUUU